AUGGUCGAAAUUACAAUCCGAAAACGGCCACGCACGGAGGCAGUCAUCACUCAAAGAAAAUUUUUCAAGAAGACCGCCAGGGGAAAGGUUAUUAAAGUACUUCGCGAACGCUACCUCAGAGACGACGUUGCUUGUGGAAUUGAGGGCUGCAGAGAAUGUCCUACCACAUCUGAAGAAACUUUACCUGUUAAUGGUGACCAGAGACACCAAUUGUAUCCGAAUGGACAUAUCGUCUUACCGGACACGAACGUAUUCCUUGCCCAAAUGGAGCUAGUCGAAUCAGAUUUGUUCAGCCCGCCGAUCAUACUUCUACAGACUGUGCUCGAGGAAGUCCGACAUCGUUCGCUGCCAUUAUAUAACCGUUUGAAGGCUUUAACCAAAGCGGAUGACAAGCGGAUAUGGGUGUUUUAUAAUGAAUAUCGGUCAGAAACAGCGAUCAUACGAGAAGAGAACGAGACACCCAACGACCGGAACGACCGAGGCAUUAGGAAAGCUACGGAGUGGUAUAAUACACAUAUCUCCCUUACGCGACCACCAGUCCGAGGAAGACCUCCACCCAAGCUUCCCACUGUCGUCUUAUUAACGGAAGAUGCUGGGAAUCGUCAAAAGGCUGAACAAUCAGGUAUAGCGACGAUUUCAGGCGAGUACACCAGCUCGACUCGACUUCACUGA